AUGUCCCCACAUUCACCUGCCGACACUUUCGCUAUUGUGAUGAAUGCCUUUCUUUUCGCGUCAACUUUCUUCAUCCUUCGCCCAGUGCUUACCAUGCCAUUGGUACUUUACUCAAUUUCCGGAUGGAAUCUCAGUCAGGAAGCGAUUCUUUUUCUAUUCGUGGCAGCGACAACAAUCCUAUCUCGCUAUCUCGACAAUUCGGAGUUCCAAGCAAUCAAAAGCUUCAGCGCCGUCAUUUUCUUGAGUGGCGGUUCAUUUAGAAUUAUAUUUUAUGGGAUCACAGCGCCGGUUUUCUGGCUAUUAUGCACGUUUAUGGGCACAAUUUAUCUCAUUCAUCGUUUCUCGCUUAAUCGCGACAAGAAAAUCAGCAAAAAGACGCAACAACGACAGAAUCAACUUUUCCGGCUCACACUUAUUCAGGCUGCAAUCCUCGGCGCAACUCUCAUCGGUCCAGCUGUGAUCAUAAUUUUCGCGAUGGCUGAAUGGUUUCCCGUGGCCGAUAUUUGC